AUGAGAAGGUUUAGCACCAGCACCCACAGCGGGAGGACCACAUCGCCGGAGCAGCAUCAGGAGUGGAAGUCGGUGUACAGAGCCUUCCUUCUCCACGUGCAUCCUGAUUUCUUCCACGAGUCUCCCAAGAAACGCGCGGUGAACGAGAAGAGUCUCAAGUCGUUUUCCCAACAUCUUGACCGACUUGAACUUGGCGGCGAGAACACCCGCAGCGGCGGUGUGCACAGCAGGAGCAAUGCGGCUAACGGGAGCGCUUCACCGCUGGUUUUCUUCCUAAAGCAAGCCGGAGAGGAAGGUGCCGGCUCUAAGAGCGACGGCAGCCCCUCGUGUGGGAAGGUCAUGCUGCCGCUAGGAUCUCACCGCCAGAUGGCGACACAUUUGUACGACUCCGGCAUGUCAGGCGUCAAUCCCCCACAAGCCUCCGCCGAACAAGCUUCGACUCGUCGUCACCACAGCAGUCGCCUUGCCGAUAGCAGCAACAACGACAACCCCUCGGAGUGGCACGGCUGGGAGGAUGAGCUGUUCGGCGGGACGGCAGCCAACAGGGCGUGGGACGAGGCGGCGGCUGGUCGAAACGGGAGUAGACACACACACGGUCGGUCAGCCUUCAGCAGCGGCGACGACAAGACCCGCGAAGGGAGACAGAGGACGACGGAGUGGGGCGCGGCCUUCGAGCGUCGGAGCGGCCAUGCCUCGCGGCUGGGACAGAUCCUGUCCACGGAUGAAGGGAGGGCUCUGGUCAGGGAGCGCCGGUCUAGCUCGAGGAAGGUUCGACGGCUGGUGGGAAAGCUGCGGGAGCAAUACGGCUUUGGCGAGUUCACCUUCAGGUGCGGCUGGAGCAAGUCGAAUCUUUGUGUGGCUCUGGGCUCCCUGCUGGAGACAUGCCGCGCCCGUCGAGGAGAGUUCCUCGUCAACGAUUUCGGUGGCCUCGAAGUGGUGUUCCGGAAAGACCCGUCCGUCCUGCACAAGGGGGAGAUCCGGCUGUGCCCCGCCGACGUGCCGAAUCAGUGGGUAUCGGCGCUACGACGCGUCACCCCCGCCGGGCUGUCCGCGGCGGAAGAACACUCCCGCGAGAUGAUUUCCCUGCAGGAGAAGGCGUCCAGCGCUCUGCGGGGGGCCCGUCUGUCGAGAGGGUUUUCCUGCUCGAAAAGCAGAUAUCGCGACUUCUUGAGCAAGGUUUGCGCAGCGGCGGACGCUGAGCCCGACGAAGGUGGCGGUGGCGGUGGCGAUGCAGCCACAGAUUUGGUGGAAGGCGAUUGGUCGGAUUUGCGGUGCAGGGUAGAGGAGGGCUUCCGUCGCGUCUCCACGGUGCUAGAGGACGGCACCAUUCAGGUCGGCUCCGACAUGACCCUGAAGACCCUUCGGCGGUGCCUCGGGAGAGACUCGGACAGCUCUUCCGCCGCCACCGCCGACUACCUCAAGCUGGCGGUCGCGGAGGCCGCGACGGUCGAGCGCUGCAGACAGUCCCUCGGCCUCGAAUCCAUCAAGCGGUCCCGCCACGCCGUCGGCAACUCGGAGAUGGUCAUCGCCUGCGAAGCCCUCGUCAGGUUCAGCGAGCGGGCGAAGAGCGGCGGGGACUUGCGAGCGGAGAAGGAGGCGGUCGCCGCUCGGCGACGGUUGAGGGGCCACUGCGUUAGGGUGGUGGGGUCGAGGGUGGGCGUUUGCGACGGGGUGACGGAAGAUGGGGAAAUCGUGCUCCCCUGGAACUGGUGGGAGGAGGAGGAUGGAGAGGAGCGACGGUCUUCGGCUCCGGUCUGGUGAUGAUAAUUGUGUUUCGGUGUGUUUUCGGUCGGUUCCGAGAAAAUUAGACUAGAGAUGUUGGAACCGGGUAAAUUUAUUCCUGAGAGAAUUAGACCACAGGCUUUAUGCAUAGAAACGGCCAAGGUCAUUCCCUUUUUUCGCCUGGGAUUUCAUGUGUUUACUCUUUUGCGGGUUACGGUAGGCAAUUAGUGCCGUGUUGUUCGGGUGUUGCUGUGACGUGUUUAGUUGCGGGGCUCUUGGACGUCCUCUUAAAUUGUAGAGACCACUACCGCUAAGAUGCUAAUGAUUUCGAGGACUGACUUCAGUUUUCCCCCUGUUUUCGCCUGGUAUUUUGUGUGUUCUUUUGCGGCUUGCGGUGGGAAACUAAUUCGGUGUUCGAGUGGUGCUGUGACGUGUUUGGUUGUGGGGCUCUCGGACGUCCUCUUAAGCGGCAGAGGCGACUUCGCCUGUGUGCAUACGGUUGCGAGCACUCACAAGAGUGAAGUAGCUCCCAACUUGGUUUCAGCGAAUGCCGUGUGGCGGUAGCUCGGUGUUCCAAGGCGGUCGGUGGUCGCCAGGGUGUGGAGCUCCUUCAGUACGGCGCACUCUCCUUUAUUAGCUAAUAUUCAACUCAUGAACUUUCUCAUGUCGCAGGCAAGAGCACGAGAUACGUCUACUCACUCCUAUUUACAAGCCAACAGCUAGAUACAGCACGUCAGGGCACCGUUUCUAAUCCUUUCACAUCGCCUAUACGCACGCCAAACUGGAACCCUUUCCCCGAAUCAGUCAACUGGCAUCACACGAACGCCGUCGUAUCACACGAACGCCUGCGAUGUCCGCGACUGCUUACGAUCAUCCACCACACACGCGACGAAAAGAGGCUGCCAAAAGCAGCCACACCUUGAUUGACAUCAUCCACUAGUGGUAUCCUCCCCCGGAGACAUUUAAGACUUUCGCACGCCGACACCGCACAACCCGCCCCCCGGCAGAAGCUGUUCGGUUUCCAUCAGAGCAUUCUGCAAGCAACCGCGCUCGACUUGCCAAGCGUUCCUCCACACCUUCCACUGCGAAUAAAUGCUCUCAAUACCCCGCUAAAAAAACAAUUCUCAUAUAAAAUCUGUACAGAAUCAGCCUAGCGCGCUCGUCUCCUGAUGAUGUCGAGAGACACCCAGCAGCCGAACAAGCUUCUUGCAAGUAACUCGAAAACCUUAACCCGGCGAUACACGCAGCCCAACGUUGCAAAUACAACACAAACCCGCCUUGUGGGUCGUGAAACACGAAGCCAAUCACCCGACAUGCCGGCCCUGGGAUCCCACAAGCCACCUUUCUGCGGCCAUAGAGCGACCCUCGGAAAUGAUGCCCACCCGGUCUGUCCUUGCUGAAUAAUUCCAAAUGCUGCUACUGCUGCUGUCCUCCUACGUAGUGUGGGAACCACAUGGCGAGGACUUACAACAGUCCCGCCAUUCUUGACUGGUCGUUUCAGCCGUUUCACCCGAACAACGCGCGGCCCAACACCAGUUUGAGACCACCAACGCGUAGCGCUAAUUGGUGGGAAGGCAGUUGGGCUGAGGUUACGGUUUUCUGCGUCUCCUCCCUAAAC